GAACAAAAGACCCCAAAUCUAAUCUGCAUACUCAAGUUGGCUCGACAGUAACCACAACCACAAGCUCACCUGGCCCACCACCCUUCACCCUCCUCCUUAUGUUUCCCUCCUACCAUUUUCUAGUUGUGCCACAAACAACCUUCUAAUCUCUUGAAGAAAAUGGCAACACAAGCAUUGGUAUCAUCAUCACUUACCUCCUCAGUGGAGUCUGCUAGACAAAUCCUUGGAGCAAGGUCACUUCACACACCUUCAAGAAAGGUUUCUUUUGUUGUCAAAGCUGCUUCCACCCCUCCUGUUAAGCAAGGAGCAAACAGACAGCUGUGGUUUGCAUCAAAGCAGUCUCUUUCUUACCUUGAUGGAAGUCUUCCAGGUGACUUCGGAUUCGACCCACUUGGUCUUUCAGACCCAGAAGGGACCGGUGGAUUCAUUGAACCCAAAUGGCUAGCUUACGGAGAGGUCAUCAACGGACGGUUCGCCAUGUUAGGCGCAGCCGGAGCCAUAGCACCCGAGAUUCUAGGCAAGCUCGGGCUCAUCCCAGCGGAAACCGCCCUCCCCUGGUUCAAGACCGGUGUCAUCCCCCCAGCAGGCACAUACGACUAUUGGGCCGACCCAUUUACCCUAUUUGUCCUAGAAAUGGCACUAAUGGGCUUUGCAGAACACAGAAGACUCCAAGAUUGGUACAACCCAGGGUCAAUGGGAAAACAAUACUUUUUGGGCUUGGAGAAAGGGUUUUCCGGGUCGGGUGACCCAGCAUACCCGGGUGGCCCGUUCUUUAACCCAUUAGGGUUUGGUAAAGAUGAGAAAUCAAUGAAGGAAUUGAAGCUAAAAGAAAUCAAGAAUGGUAGAUUGGCUAUGUUGGCCAUUUUGGGCUACUUCAUUCAGGGUUUGGUGACUGGGGUUGGGCCUUACCAGAACCUUCUGGACCAUUUGGCUGACCCGGUCAACAACAAUGUCUUGACCAGCCUUAAGUUCCAUUAGAGAGUUUUAUCUUUGUUCCAUUAUAUGAUGUCAUGUGCAGAAUUUCUUUGAGAUACUAUUAUUAAUUUGUGACAAAAUUAAUGAUAUGUUACACUUACGGACCCAAAA